AUGCCCGCCUACUUCUAUCACCUUAGCUUGCAACUUCUCUCCCAAAAUCUAUCCGAUGCGGCAAGUUCGCAAGGGUCAUCCUCUCUCGCGCUACAAUCCGCACGGGAAGCUCUCAAACCAUUCCAGGAACGAAGCCGGCCUGCAACCUCCAGCCGCCCAUCACCCGAAGGAAACAAUCAAACCCCGCCAAACCCAGACCAGACUUUUGCGCAUCGCUACAAACUCAUCUCCACCCUCUCCACACACGGCGCGCCUACCCCACCUCGAACCACUCCCUCCGCGAACAUUUUUUACGACUCCAAGACGUCCUCUACUAAACACUCAACUAGCACCACCCCACUCGAAGACGAGAAGCGCUUCGGCGCCAUUUUCAUCGAGUGCGUUGAUAUGGUCUCCCCAAAGCACCCACACAAACGCAGCUCAAAGCGCGGCUCCGUACCCUCCAUCGAGCCAGAAAACCUAGUCGCCGCAGGGAUCGGCACCGACAUUCUAGGCGGCCUCCGCACAAAAGGCCGAUAUAUUCCACUCGAUUACGCGCUUGCUGACAGCAUCUGGGGAAUUGUACAUCUGUACCGCGACUCGCAGGAGACGCCCUACCUCGGAAAUGAUGACGAAUACCCCGCCUACCUGAAGGGCUCCUCAGCUGCGGCCCGCCAGCCUGGUGAGCAGCAGGCCAAAUUGAGGCAGGGUCCGGUCGGUACAGCGAGUGCUAAACAAUCUGGGGCGAUGGGUCUAGCGGAAUAUCCUUUUCCUGAAACAAAUUCUUCUUCUGCGCAAAGUCCUGCUGAGGAUUGUACGACUCUAUGCAUUCUCGCAGUGCCAUCUUAUCUGUCGCCGCCGGACUUUUUGGGGUUCAUGGGACAACAAACUAUGGAUGAUGUCAGCCAUUUCCGGAUGAUUAGAACUGCACGUGCGAAUCGGUAUAUGGUUUUGAUGAAGUUCCGGAGUGGGCGGAAGGCGAAAGAAUGGCAGAAGGAAUGGAAUGGGCACGUAUUUAAUAGUAUCGAGCCUGAGACCUGCCAUGUGGUUUUUGUGAAGACGGUUGAAAUCCAAGUCGUGGAUUCUGGAACACCAUCUGCUCUCUCCUCUAACCUCUCGGUCCCUUCUCGACCCCCGGUAUCCUCUACCGGACAAGCGACUCUUACCGGCAAACCCCUUGCACCACCUACUCCUGCACUAAUUGAAUUGCCAACUUGUCCCGUCUGCCUAGAGCGAAUGGACGAAACCACGGGGCUCUUAACAAUAAACUGUCAACACGUCUUCCACUGCACCUGUCUUCAAAAAUGGAAAGGCAGUGGCUGCCCCGUAUGCCGAUACACACAAGAUGACUACCGCAAAAGCAACGCAGCCCUCAAACCAGACGAAGAACCCCAAGAAUGUAGCAUCUGCCACUCAGAAGAAAACCUCUGGGCCUGUCUCAUCUGCGGCAAAGUCGGCUGCGGCCGCUACGACAACGCCCACGCCUUCGCCCACUGGAAAGAAACAGCCCACGCCUUCUCUAUGGAUCUCACAUCUCAGCGCGUAUGGGACUACGUAGGCGACGCCUACGUCCACCGCAUCAUCCAAAACAAAACAGACGGCAAGCUUCUCGAGCUGCCCGCAGCAGACCAUAGCGCUCUCGACCCACCAGACUGGGGCGAUGCCGUGCCUCGUGAGAAACUAGAAAACAUGAGUAUCGAAUACACACACCUCCUCACCAGCCAGCUCGAAAGCCAGCGUGCGUACUUCGAGGAAGUCGUCGAGCGCGCCGUCGAUAAAGCAUCGCAGGCUAGUGCCGCGGCCGCCGUGGCGGAAGUGAACGCUUCCAGCGCCUCGUCGUGCCUGGAAGAAUUACAGACGAAGUAUGAUGGUGUGACGCUUGAGACGCUGCCUUCGCUUGAACACGAUCGUGCACGCGCGGAGAGAAAAGCGGAGAAAUUCGAGGCCCUGGCGCGCUCGUUUGAGAAGGGGUUUCAGGAAGAGAAGGCUAUGAAUCGGAAUAUGUUGUUACGGUUGGAAAGCCUUGCUAAAGAGGUUGAUGGGCUUAAGGUUGCGAAUGCGGAUCUGGCAGAACAGAAUCGCGACUUGACGUUUUUCAUCAGUGGUACGCAGCGGUUGCAAGGACAGGGUGAGGAGGUUGAACAGGGGACUGUCUCUGUACCCGAGCCCCCGGCUGCUUCGAAGAAGAAGAGGAAGGGGAAAGGGAAGAAGUAG